CUUUCUCAGACACGUUCAGAUAUUUGGCUAGAAGAAGAAAUCCAUUAAUUUAUAACUGUAUUUCUUUCUUUUUGCAUAUAAAUAGCACAGCUUAGUAUUUCAGUUUCUGGGUUGUCUUUCUUUUUUGGUUGUUUAGGUUUUUUGAGAAAGAAAAUCAGAGAACAAGCAGUUGAAAGAGUUGAGUGGCAACUGAGAGUCCAUAAAUAUUUAAUCAUGGGGAGAGGUAGAGUUCAGCUAAAGCGCAUAGAGAACAAGAUCAACAGGCAGGUGACUUUUUCCAAAAGAAGAACUGGGCUGCUGAAAAAGGCUCAUGAGAUCUCUGUCUUGUGUGAUGCUCAGGUUGCUUUGAUUGUCUUCUCCAACAAGGGCAAGCUCUUUGAGUACGCCACAGAUUCAUGCAUGGAGCAAAUCCUCGAACGCUAUGAAAGAUACUCUUACGCCGAAAGACAGCUAGUCGAACCAGAUUUUGAGUCACAGGGUAACUGGACCUUUGAAUAUUCCAGACUAAAGGCUAAGGUUGAGGUUUUGCAAAGAAACCAUAGGCACUAUUUGGGAGAAGACCUGGAUUCCUUGAAUCUCAAGGAAAUUCAAAAUUUGGAGCAACAGCUUGACACCGCUCUUAAACAAAUUCGAUUAAGAAAAAACCAACUCAUGCAUGAAUCCAUCUCUGAGCUUCAGAGAAAGAGAAAGGCGAUACAGGAGGAAAAUAACUUGCUAGCAAAGAAGAUAAAGGAGAAGGAGAAGGCUGCAGCUCAGCCCCAGGUUCAAAACUGGGAGCAGCAGAACCAUGGCCUUGACCUGCUUCCACAGCCACUUCCAUGUCUAAACAAUGGGUCAAGAUGAGUAUUAAAUCCUCACUAAAUUAUUGGAGAGCUUUCAGCCAAUAAGAGAUGGGGACGCAGCAAGAUGAAUUCCUUCAAGUGAGGAGGAACCAGCUGGACCUGACUCUGGAACCAUUAUAUGAAUGCCAUCUCGGAUGCUUUGCUGCUUGAUCAUCAAUCGGUAGAAAAAGGUGGAAGAAUUAAAUGGAAAGAAAACAAAACUACAUAUGUGUGCUAUUUCUGUAUUAAAUUUCUGGUUUCAUGGUAAAUUUGGACCAACCCUGAAAGUACUGCUUUAGGUAUGUUGUAGCAAUCCAUAUAUGAGGAAUUGAACUUUUAAA